UCUGCCUCGCGCCGUUUCUGCCUCGUGCCCCCUCCCUCAGGGGAGGCGUUGGCGGCCAUUACGGGGGCAACAGUCGCGCGCGAGGCUCCUACCCUCAAGGAAAGGCGGAGCGCAGUUCCUUCCUUCCUUCCUUCUCUCCUUUCCUUCCUUCACUGCUUCCCACUGCCUCUCACUGCCUCUCACUGCCUCACCCUGUGGUUUGGGCACUCGCAGCCCGAAGAUCGAGGAGUUUGUGGCCGUCUGUGCGGACGUGUAGGAGUCAAAAGCUGUGAGGGUGCCGGUGCUGCUGGUGUGUGAGGCUGCAGUGUUCAUUUCAAGACCUCUCUGAAUGGCCAAGGAGUACUCAGACAAGCAAAGAAAAUGGCUCCAGUGACAGCUUUGCCCCCACUGAAUGCGCGAGGUCUAAACCAGUGCUGGACUGUGUGAGUCUCACAGAAGACUGAGACCCCCAGGCACAGCAGCCUCUGGCCAGGGACAUCAGAGCUGUCUGAUGAGCGGCAGCUCUGAGCCUUGUACAGGCUGGUCCUUCCUGUGUUUGUGCUCCCGAUCAGCUCCACACCUUGACCCUCUGCACAAGCAGAGCCAGUCUUCCUGCUGAGCCCAGUCAGAAUCCAUGCAGCAUCCGUGUGAAGUGGCGCCGCUGGAGCCCACGGAGAUUCUUCAGUCCAGAUCAAACCCUGGAGCCAAGCUCUGCUCUGGAAUCCGCCGGGCUCCGCCGCCGAUGUCCAACAUGCACCGAGCUGAUGCUGCUGUGGAUGAUGCUGUGUUAAGGAAGAAAGAGCAGAAAGAUGUUGAACUUGAUAAGAAAAUCUUGGCUUUGCGGAAAAAAAACGAAGCGCUGAUACGUAGGUACCAGGAAAUAGAAGAGGACAAAAAGCGAGCAGAACAGGAGGGAAUGGCUGUUACCUCCAGGAGGCCCAAGCAGGAUGGACUCACUAUUACCAUCACCAAAGCUCACAACGACCUGAAAGAUGCAAUUACCCAGACUGAACACUAUGGACAAGAUAGCCCAGCCCUCUCGAUGGACAAAAGGGUGGUGAGUGAGAAAAGGGGAAGCCUCUGUCCUACAAGCCCUGGGUUUGGCGUUGCCAGUGAGGAAGAGGAGGAGGAGGAGGAAGCAGAUCAUAUGUUUACAUUCAGGAUGGGGAAGAGGAUGCAGCUGGCUGUUACUAUGGAUAACAAAGCAAAGGGCAAGAGGAUCGUCAGCGAGAAACGCACCGAGAGCUUCCCUGGCCCGGGCCGAGUGUCAGACCUGAGUGAGGAGGAGAUGGACCAUUUGGUGGCAUUCCGACGGGGAAGGAGGAUGCAGAUUGCCAUCACCAUGGACAACAAGGAAAAGGGAGAAGAGCGGAGAACAGCAGAGAAGAGGAGAUCAGACAGUGACAGAGGCCCAGAAAGUGAGCACAGCCGGAAGGAUGGUGGGAAGCCAGUCCAGAAGAGCCCUGGAGACCCGAGUUUCCCCCUGACUGGCCGGGAGCGCUCGGAGUACAUCCGCUGGAAGAGGGAGCGAGACCAGAUUGACCUGGAGCGCCUGGCACGUCACAAGAAUGCCAAGGGAGAGUGGCGACGAGCUUGGGAUGUGGAGAAGUCAGAGCACAUGUUUGAAGAGGACUUUGUUAAGGAUGGGGAGCCAGCCUUGGAUAAUCCCAGCAGUAAGAAAGGGGGAAGGAAUGCAAGGAAAUUCCAGCACAGGUCCUUUCCAGCAGAUGGGAGAGGUGGAGGACAUCAUGGAGUGAAUGUGAGCGACCCUGGUCCAAAGGCAGUGCCUGCUGUGAGCAGCCGAGCCAAGGGGAAGGACAGACUGACAGGCAGAGCCAGAAGAUGGGAUGCAAAAGAAGGCGAGGACAUGUCUCUUGUGAAGGAUGACCUUGAUGGCCAGAGGAGCCUUGGUAUGGACAGGCAGAAGAGCAGAGGUGACGAGGGGGUGGAAGAGAACUGCACAGCUGAGCUGGAGGAAAAGGGGAAACAGCCAAGCCUCCAGGAUCACGGGGCCUCCUCCUCCCAGCGGCUGCGAAGUGGGAAGGUCCAGCUUGCCCAGAAUGGCCAGAAGGAGGAGCGGAGGGGAGUGAGGGGCUGCAGCACAGAGGUGUCUGUGGCCAGUGCUGGGGACUCAGAGCCAGGGCCCAAGCCAAGCAAGGAAAGUGUUGGGGAAGAUGCCAGUGGGAAGCCUGGCACUGCUGAUGUCUCCCAGGAGAAGGAGAGCACUGACAGCACUGCUUCACAGAGCAGCCUUCAGAACACUCUGCAAGGCACCAGGCCUGGCAGCGAGGAGACCUUGUCAUUGCCCAUGGGAGUGAAUGUAGAUGGAGCUGGGUUGGAGAAGCAGCCAGCUUCAGAACAGGAAUCCUCUGAGAACUCUUCCAAUAACCAUGAAGGAAAGCUCAACACAGCAGCAGGAGACAGACUGGAUGCAGACCAAGGACAGCUGGGGAGCAAAGGAGGGGAAGAAGUGACCCAAACCACUGUUCUUGAGGGACAGACACUUGCACUGAAAGGAAGUGAAGAUGCUGAAGGCACUGAACACCACGAGCCUUUGUCCCCAGGGAAAGCCAGCUCUGACAAGGCUGUUGUGCCUGAGCAGGACAUGACAAAAUCCCAGUCUGGGGAAGGGGACCAGCCUGAGGACUGCAAGGACAAGGACAGUGGGGACACUCACAACUAGCAGAUUGCCCUGGCUUGCCUGAGACAUAAGGAUAAUGUGCCGGAGGCAGUGGAGGAGAAGAGGAGCACAAGCUUGUCCUCACUCUUUUACCUUCUAUGAAAUCAGCUUUCAGCACCUUUGCAGCGCCCUUCAGCACCAUUCACAAUGUGGGGUUCCCAUCACCACCCACUCACAGUUCUGGCCUCCCCCUUCCCUAUCCGUGUGUCAAAGGACAGAGAAGGGUGCACACACUCCCACCCUACGGAGAAAACACCAUCACUUACCUAUUUGUUUGGCAUAUAUUGCAGCUGCGUGGCAAGCCAAGGAAAUGUCUACUGGAUGCACUUUAUUUUAUUUAAUGACUAAUUCUUUUUAAACUUAUGGCUUGGGUUUCUGGGCACAUACGCAGUUUUUUCCCCAAAGGCUGGAGGCACAUGCCAGGGGCUGUGCCAGCAACUGGAACAGCAGGAAGAGGUGACUGGCAAAGCAGAGGGGUGAGGUGUUAGGGUGUAGUUCACUAGGUGGGUGAAGAAGUUGUGUUCAGAGCUCUGGUACUAGAAGUUUGCACGUGGUUGAAGUGUUGGCAGAGGUGUAUGGUAGUGGCAGGGGCUGCAGGGCAGGAGCAGGAUGGAUGGAUGGAUGGAUGGAUGGAGCGUUUCUGACAAGCACAGAUCAAGCCAGCACCUCCCCCUUGAAGACUCUCCAGCUGUCCUCCCCUUUUAGAGGCUGAGGAGCUCAUCAGGACAGUGCUUUGUGCCAAGGAAGAUGCCUGCUUGGGUGACCAGGUGUGUGCAUAACCCAGCAAACUCUGUGCCCCCCUCCCAAGUGUAACUGGGCAUCCCUGCAGCACAGCAAGGAGGGGGACAGCACAAUAAUCUUUCUCCCCCACCACACUGCCCAAAGGAGCUGGCAGCAGGACCCAGGCCAAACUGGAGCUGGAGGUCCAAGACUUUGUAUUAAACAUUUUCACCUUCCUGGUUGUGCCUUCCAUAGCCUUGUGUUUCAUUAAGAGAGCAGGAAUCCUCUCUAAGCUGCCCUGCAGACCUUCUGACCUGGCCUUAAAGAUACCUUUCAAAUGGAAGAUCUGGAGGAGCUUUACAAGCACAAACAUGCAGGAGUUCCAGCUGCUUGGCUUUCCAGUUACAGCAAGCUAGGACCCAGCUGGAAUACAGCUACCAGUUAAGGAGAAGGCACAAGGAAUAACACAACAUAAUUUCUGACUUCUGAAUGACAGGGUAGAGUGGGCAUCACCCUCACUUCAAGGCUGCUCUAAAAUCUGAUGCCAGACUAAGCGUCCCUGGGACAGGUAUAUGUGGAGACUGCCUGGAAUGUCCUGCAGGAUGUUGGCUGACCAGGCUGGCAGACUGCCCUGGAGAGCAGGUUGGCAUGUAUGGACUGAAAUACUCUAUGCUGCUUUAAUAAACUAAUAUUUGCACAGACAAAUAUUUGUUUUCCCACAUGACUUAGACCUGUGACACCUAUCAUGAAGCACAAGCCUGGGAAUUUCAUCCAUGUGCCAAAUUCAGGAGACUUUACUGGCAUCACACCAGGUAUUAUCAAGAAACAAAGCAUGCAGCUUUUGUGUUUUAUCAGUAGAAACAUCUCUACCCCACCAAAGCCCAGACUGGGUUUAUUUGGACUUAUCCAGCAGAUAAAAGAACAAAUAAAUAGAAGAUUGUACAACUGCUCCAGGUCCUGGAGCUUCUCCAUCACUGUUAAAGGCUGAUUUGCCUUGUCUGACUGGCUCAAAAAUCUGCUUGCAAUUGUUUAGUUUUUAGAUUAAUUAUUAUUUUGUACAUCAGGUCUCUGACCUGACUCAUGGUCCAGUCAGACUGAGUGAUUACCAGCAUAUCCCAGGAGCCAGCUUGCCUUCUGGUCCAUGGAACACACAGUCUCAGCUCAAGAGCUGUUGUGCCCUAGGAACAGUUGGACACAUGGCCAGGCAGGAAUUUUACGUUGCCCUGGUCCAGUAUUGUGUUGAAGAGAUAAAAAACCUUACUGCCCUGAACUCCAUUCUGAAAGGAAAACCAUCACUGGUCCUCUUUCCCUCCUUUCUUUCCUUUCUUCCAAGUGACUUUGCAGGUAAGGAUGCCCAGGAAGGACUGAGUCUGAUCCAGGCUCUGGGAAUGGGACUGGACAGCUUGUGCCUGUUCUAAGUGUAUUUUUUCCUGCUCAUUAACACUUUGCUCAAUGCACUUUGUUUGGUGCCUGGGUUGUGAUUUUUCAGACAACUGUGGCUUAGCUGUUUCUUCUUUAUGGUGAGAGAAAAAACCGAAAAGUUGACAAAUCUGAUGUAGAGGGAUUAUUUAUAUGAAAUAAAAGUUGGAAUGAGGAAAAAC